AUGCCCGCAUUGUACUCGAAGAUUUUCGUUUGGGGCCUGGGCCUUGCAUCUUUAAGCACCGCCGCUCCACUGGAAAAUACCGUUCCUGCAUCCGACGUCUCGAUACAGGACAAGCUUCAAAUGGAUCCCGCUUGCGACCUUUUUUAUGAGGUGCAAAGCGGUGACACCUGCUGGGACAUAAUUAACCGAAACGAAAAUAAUUUCACCAUUAAACAGCUUCUUUGCUGGAACCCAGAUAUCAACUCGCGCUGCACGAACCUCAUCCCCGGCCGGGAUAUCUGCGUGGGGGUUGCUUACCCCACUGUGUGCUAG